AUGAAGGAGUAUUGCAACGUAGUAACAAUUCGUAAUGCUCAAGGUUUGGUACUUUUACGACAACUGAGAAAUCGUGUGACGCGUCUGCAUAACCUAUUGUUUCACUCUGCACCGCCUUCAAGGGAGACAUGGCACGCGUAUUUUCGUCAAGUUGACCGAGUGGACAAAGAUCUUCGCGACUGCUUCGACAAUCUCGAGAGUCAUGCGAAAGGAUUGCCAAACCAGUUGCCUCAAAUCGAACCUUUGAACCGCCUUCGUGCUGUCUUCCAGGAAGAACAGCUUGAUGUUCAAGUCGUAGAAACUGUGGAAUCCAUGAUUGAUUGUGAGAAUUGGAAUGAAGGGAACUAUGUAAGCUCUCCAUGCCGUUUCAUCGACUCAAACUUUCAUAUGAUAGUGAGUGUUCAGCAAACCUACAUGUACUUGGGUGAAUUUCUUCGACUUCAACGGCGUCGCCCUUCAUGUGUAGUUCCAAGGCCGUUAUCGUGUUCACAUUGGGCUACUGGCAUGUCACCCCACGCUCAAUUCGAAACAGCUUUUGCCCAGUUCCAAAAGGAGUUGUUAAAGAAUAAGACGGGUAUCUUUCCAACCUUUCUCGAGCGUACUGCUGUAGGAAGUAUAGUCGAGUUACGAUACGGCGUUUUGUUUGAGAAGCAGAUCGUCUUCACCCAAAAGUUGUUAAUGGUGGAAAACGCGGGAGUCAUCGAACAAAUUCUUUUUGUGGCUCCUCACGAAGAGUGGACAUUCUAUACGGAUCUCGGAGAGAAAAGGGUAGACUUGGCCCAGCCUUCACAGUAUAUUGUUUAUCAAAAGUUGACUACCCAAGCGAACAUUCAUCUUAUGCAAACGAUUAACACACAGGAAAUACGCUGGACUCCACAGACGUUACAUCAGUUGAGCAGUGCGUUCGGUAAACUGCAACAAGUGUUCGAUACAACUUGUCGGAACUGCAAAAAAGUGAUGAAAGACUUCCUUCCACCGCUCAUCUUCGAUUUUCGCAAUUUGAAAAACGCUCUACAUGAGACGUGUCGUUAA